AUGGAUAGCUCAUCUAAGCAUGUGGAGAAUCAUCUUAAAACAAUAAGAAAUACUUGGAUUUCAAUCCAAACUCUACUAAAUAAAAGUGGUCUUGGAUGGGAUGACAACUUGAAGAUGAUUACGGCAAAUCCCAAAGUCUAUGCGGUCCAUAUUCAGGCACAUCCCAAUCAUGACAAGUUCAUCAACAAAAAAAUUAAAAUAUUUGAUGAAAUGUCUCUUGUGUGUGGAAAUGAUCGGGCUAGGGGAGAUUGUGCUAAAUCAUUUGAAGAUAUAGAUUUUGAUAGUUUUUAUGAGAAAGAUAAUGAUAAUGACCUUGAAGGACCAUCCAUCGAAAAGGAUGUACAAGUAACCGAAACUUCUCAAAUCAAGGCAAAUCGCAAAAGAAAACGUUCUUUUGAGGUGCAAGAUGUUGUAGGUGAUAUAUCAAUAAAGUUUGGAGAAGUUGCAACAGCAAUUGGUAGAAUGGUUGAUAGUCAUCUAGAUGUGGCAAAGUUGUAUGAAGUAGUUAUGGCAAUGGAAGGUUAUAAUGAAGAGUUCCUCGGUGAUGCUUUUGAUUAUUUGGUGCAAAGCAACACUUUAGCUAAGGCAUUCAUGGUCAAAAAUUAAAAUCUUCGUAAGGUGUGGUUGGAACGAUUCAAGCAACAACAAUAGUGACACCUAUUGGUUGGUUUAGCUUCAUAGGAUUUGGAAGCAACUAUUAUUCGCACGCUUUUGUUUUUGAUAAUGUAUCGUGUAUU